AUGUUUUCUGAACGUUGGAUAUGUUUUUGUUGUCCUCAAACAUACAAAAUUCAACGAAGUAUAGCACCUCUUGAACAACCACAAUCACGUCCUCCAUCAAAAACUAGAGGAAAAAAGAAAUCAGACAUUACUUUAGCUGCCGUUAUUAUCAUUCAAUCAUGGUUUAGACGACGACAAGCUCUUUUUGAAAUACGUCGAAAAGCUGCAUGGACAAUCUAUCAAAAUAUUGAAUAUGCUGGAGAACAAGAUCAACUUAAACUCUAUAAUUUCUUUCUGGAUCUUAUGCAAGCUGUAUCAAAAAAUCCACGUGAUGCUCUUGUCAUUGCUAAAGUAUUACGUCGUACUUCGAGUCUAUCAAGCACAGCUGAAGAACUCGAUUUACUACAAACAACAGCACCAGAAACAGUCAACAUUGAAUCAUCGUAUAAAGGACAACAUAUACAACUUCCUAUUACUAAAGGACAUCUUGAAUCCUUAGUUGGUGCCUUCCAACGGGGAGAGACUCUUCAUGCUCGAUAUGUUUUAUUAAUAUUACAUGAAGUUCGUCGUAUUCUUAAACGUUUACCAAAUGUUAAUGUUGUUUCAACAUAUCAAUCGACAUGUGUUACAGUUGUUGGUGAUUUACAUGGUAAUUUAUCUGAUUUAUUACUUAUUUUUCACAAAAAUGGUUUACCAUCUAAUGAAAAUCCAUAUAUAUUUAAUGGUGAUAUAGUUGAUCGAGGUACUCAAAGUAUGGAAAUAUUUAUUCUAAUAAGUGUAGCAUUUAUUAUCUAUCCAAAUAAUGUUUAUUUUAAUCGUGGUAAUCAUGAAGAUCAUGUAUUAAAUUUAAGAUAUGGUUUUAUGAAAGAAAUUAUUAAAAAAUAUAAAUCUCAAUCUACAAAAAUAUUUCAUCUAUUUGAAAAUAUCUACAGUUGGUUACCUAUUGCAAGUCUUAUUGAUGAUCGUAUAUUUGUAACACAUGGAGGUAUUAGUGAUAUAACUGAUUUAAAUAAAAUCAAUCGAAUUCAACGAAAUAAAUAUGUUUCAAUUUUAAGUCCAACUUUUGUUAUUCCAGAAAAUGAGGAACAAUGUCAAAUAAAGGAUUUAACAAAUGAACAAUUACUCGAAUGGAGACAAAUGCUUGAUUUAUUAUGGAGUGAUCCAAAACAAGGAAAUGGUUGUGAACCAAAUACAUAUCGUGGUGGAGGUUGUUAUUGGGGACCAGAUGUAACAAAUCAAAUUUUAGAAAAACAUAAUUGGACAUUACUUAUUCGAUCACAUGAAUGUAAAGAAGAAGGUUUUGAUUAUUGUCAUGAUAAAAAAGUUUUAACAAUUUUUUCAGCAUCAAAUUAUUAUGCAGCAGGUAGUAAUCGAGGUGCUUAUGUAAGAAUAUCUACAAAUCAACCACCAUCAAUUGUACAAUUUAUGGGAACAAAACAUACAGUUAAACCAUUAACAAUAUGGGAAAGAGUAUCAUAUGUCGAAGAACAAGCUCUUCGAAAUCUUCUGGAAAAAUUUAGUGCAAAUAAAAGUCGACUUAUGAAAGAAUUUAGACUUAAAGAUCCACAUCAAGCUGGUUGUAUAGCUCUCAAUGAAUGGUGUGAAAUCGUCACGCAAGUUCUCGAACUACAAUUACCAUGGCGAACAUUAAAAUCACGUCUUGUUGAUAUUGAUUCAAAUGGAUUGAUAUUAUACGAAUCAACAUUUCGUUCACAAGAAUUACAAUGUGUAUUGAAUUCUCCAGUUCUUAAUAGACGACAAAGUUUUUGUCAAGCAAUUUAUCGAAAUAAAGAUUUACUUGAAGCAGUCUUUCGAGCUAUGGAUAAAGAUAAUUCAGGUGUUAUUUCCUUGCAAGAAUUUACCGAUGUAUGUGUAUUUCUGGGUAAUCAUAAUGGAACAAAAUUUGAUGAAAAACAAAUAAUUGAUUUAGCAACAAGUAUUGAUCUUGAUAAGAAUGGUGUUAUUGAUUUUAAUGAAUUUCUUGAAGCAUUUCGAAUUGUUGACAUUGGUGAUCAUAAUCACGAUCAUUCAUAA